AUAAAAUGCACAUGUCACGAUGAAUCAACAAAAAUAUUUUCAAAAGUUAUUUUUCCAAACUAAAAACGAAAAUCCGGUUCAAUUUUGCUUUCUUAGUUGGUAUAAAGCAUAAAUAUGUCUUCUGAAUUUAAGGUGAAAUUGCAUAUUUACGACGUAUCUCGUGGUAUUGCCAAGCAAAUGUCACCUCUGCUGUUAGGAAAGCAAAUCGAUGGCAUAUGGCACACGGGGAUUGUGAUCUAUGAAAAGGAAUUCUUCUUUGGAUCUGAUGGCAUUGAUUAUUGCUUGCCUUGUGGUACUCAUUUGGGAGCCCCAGAUGAAAUCAAGGAUAUGGGAUCCACACAAAUACCUGAAGAUAUCUUCCAACAAUAUUUGAUUGAACUUAGUGAAAAGGAUUUUCGACCAGAAUGUUAUAAUCUUUUUGAGCACAACUGCAAUACUUUCUCAAAUGAGGCUACCCAGUUUCUCACUGGACGUACCAUUCCUAAAUACAUUCAAGAAUUACCCAAAGAUGUUUUAAAUACGCCUUUUGGUGCUAUGAUAAAACCAAUCUUUGACUCAAUGUCUGUCCGUCCAAAUGUCGGUACAUUGGUAUCCGACACUACCGCAUCGCCAACAAACCCACAGAAAAACUCUGAACCACAGCCAACAACCUCCAGUGAUGACUCUGGAUCAUUGAUAAGUGAUGGCCCAACAUUAGAGUUACAGCAAUCCAAGAAUGCUCCAGUUAUUAUUGACAACUACAAGGUUUCAUCAAUUGUAUCCAGCUUAGAGAAAAUAAUUGAAAAAGGAGAGCUAACUGAACCAGAAGUACAGCACAUCUGGGAAAUUGUAAAUGCAUUAAAGUCAGAGCAACAAGAUGAACUUAAUGAAACACAUCUUGAAUUAUUAGAAUCUCUUCUGGAAAAAUAUGAACACACAACGGAAGUGUGUAUACUCACAAGCAUUAUUCAAACACUCAGUUUGUUGGUACUGCAAGAUCAUAUUAUUUCAAUUGUUUGCCAAGAUUCAGUGUCCAGGCCAUUAUUUAGGUUAGCUCGUGAGUUCCCUCAACUUAAUCCUCCAGAUGUUCAGAACGCUGUUGUUGAGCUGCUCACAAAUAUUUGCAGUACUGAUGCUGGAUGUGAGGUUUUUGUUACCAAGAACCAAGGCCCAGGAGCAAAGGGUGAUCUGAAAAGCUCAAGUAAUGAUACACAAGUACGACUUGAACAUCAUGAGACAGCUGUUGACCACAGGGAUGUGAUUGAGGUGACUGUCAAAGCAAUACUGGACGGUGGUAUGGAGCUACUCAAAAGGGCAGCUGGUUUGGUGUAUAAUAUUUCUAUGGCUAAGGUGAGUGAAGAAUCUGCACUUGAAUGUUCUUCUGCGAUUCUCGAAUGUUUGCAGAGAGACAACUUGGAUACAAACACAGUGUACCAUUGCUUAUUUGCUUUGACGAAUUUUAUGAAAAUCAGUUCCGAGGUUGUAAAUUUGACGAGCCUGAUUGGAAUAAAACUUUCAAAAUUUGUCCAACUUUCCAAACCAAUAGAAGAAAUAUGCAGUCAAUUGGAACAGUAUUUAAUGGUUUGAGGUGAAAGGGACGUGUAAAUAUAUUUUAUUAUAUUCGUGGCACUGGUAUGCAGGUAUAUAUUUUUAGACAGCGUAAGCAUGCAGUUUGGGAUACAGUAACCUCCUUAUUUAUUGUACGGUACAAUUUAUUACUUUUCCACUGACCGGUGAAAAUUUAUCUGGUG